AACACUUGCAUGUGCUUCUGUAAUGGAUAACGAAAGGACAUUAUAAGCAUGUAGGCAUUUUCUAAACCUGCUUAUAAAUGUGAGACGAUGGAGGUAUAGAAGAACACAAAUCAUCAUAUGUCACAAUGGAAAACUUUCAGGCUCAUCUCUUGCUCUUAGGCCUGCUGACAUUAAUCCUGGCCAACUCUCUUGCUCAUAUUGGUAUAGUAUCAGCGAGUCAUGACUCGGCUUCAUUCAAUCGGAGCAAUUUUCCGGCCGGUUUCAUUUUCGGGACUGCAUCUUCGGCUUACCAGAAUGAAGGUGCAGCAAAAGAGUAUGGCAGAGGCCCAAGUGUACGGGAUGUUUUCACUCAUAAAUACCCAGGUAAGAUAAAGGACCAUAGCAACGGAGACGUGGCAAUCGACUCUUAUCAUCGGUAUAAGGAAGACGUGGCAAUAAUGAAGGAUAUUGGGUUGGACGCAUUUAGAUUUUCCAUCUCAUGGUCCAGAGUUUUACCUCAUGGAAAAUUAGGUCGAGGAAUAAACAACGAAGGCGUUCAACAUUACAACAACCUCAUCAACGAGCUUCUAUCCAAAGGAAUCCAGCCCUUCGUAACUCUAUUUCACUGGGAUCUUCCUCAAGCUCUAGAAGACGAGUAUGGUGGUUUCUCAAGUCCUCACAUUAUUGAUGACUUCCAAGACUAUGCGGAGCUUUGUUUCAAAGAGUUUGGUGAUAGAGUGAAGCACUGGAUCACCUUGAACGAGCCAUGGGGUUUCAGCACUGGAGGAUACAACUCGGGCACCCAAGCACCUGGACGAUGUUCUAAAUGGGUUGGAAACUGUACUAGUGGGAAUUCUGCGACUGAGCCCUACUUGGUAGCACACCACCAGCUUCUUGCUCAUGCGGCUGCUGUGAAAGCUUACAAGGAUAAGUACCAGGCAACUCAAAAGGGGAAGAUUGGACUAACGCUAGUGUCACACUGGAUGGUCCCUUAUUCAAAGGACAAUUUCAACUAUGCUGCGGCCCAAAGAGCUCUUGAUUUCAUGUUUGGAUGGUUUAUGCAUCCAUUAACCUAUGGUCGGUUACCGAAAUUCUCCAUACAACAGUCGAAGAUGGUAAAAGAAUCAUUCGAUUUCUUGGGGCUAAAUUACUACAUUUCUUAUUAUGCAGCUAAUGUUGCCUUCUCCAAUGAUGUUAAAAUGAGUUAUUCAACAGAUUCUCAUGCUAAUCUCACUUCUGCACGUAAUGGGAUCCCCAUUGGUCCAAGGGUUGGUUUGGAGUGCCUGUUCAUAUAUCCCCGAGGAAUAUGGAAGCUAUUGCGCUAUGUGAAGCGAAAAUACAAUAAUCCAGUGAUCUAUAUCACUGAGAAUGGGGUACUAGAGAUUAACAACAGCACACAGACUUUGGAGGAAGCCUUGACAGACAACAUGAGAAUAUACUAUCAUUAUCAUCAUCUUUUAUUCCUCAAGAAAGCCAUCAAGGAGGGUGUUGAUGCAAGGGGAUAUUUUGCAUGGUCAAUGUUGGACGACUUUGAGUGAGACUCUGGUUACACAGUUCGAUUUGGCAUUACCUAUGUGGAUUACAAAAAUGGGUUAAAGAGAUACCUGAAGCACUCUGCUUAUUGGUUCAAAAAGUUCCUGCAGGGAUAGACUACUAGACGAUUCCAUGCAUAUACAUAUGUGAUAGCCCAUAUUUAGUGAAGACUCUUCUACUAUUCUUCUUCACAAUAAUGUCUGCAAUUUAUACCAUACCAAGGUAAGCAAAUUGAUGAGUGAACCUCACUUGUAUCUGAAUUGCUAUGUACUAGUUGCAAUUGCAGUAUAAUAAUAAAAUCGAAACUUUACUAUAUUAUUGAAUUGAGCUUUUAUGUUUGGUCUA